GCAACGUUACCUUUCUCCAUAUUCAAUCAAAUCCCAUUUUGGGUUUUCUCUCUUAGAUAUAUGAUAUAGUUCUUAUAUUCUUCUUUUCUUAGCUAUAUAUAUAGUUUAUGUAAAUUCUUGUAAUCCAUCUUAUUGUUGGCUAUUGAUUCUUGUUUAUUUGAGAUCAUUGCCACCUAGUUUUUUAUUUUCUUUAAUCUAAAGCUUCUUCUCUUCUUCUUUAUUUUGGACAUCAAUGGAAGUAGCUGCACCAAGCAAAAACUAUGCUAGAAACUUGAAAAAAAGCAUUAAUCGCACAUUUUCAACAACCCCUUGUGAAAAUCUUGCACCAUUUAAUUAUCAAAAUGGUAUUUUACAAACUCCUCCACCUCCUCCUUUUAUUUACCACUCUUUUCCUCCAUUUUUAGCUCAAAAACAACCACCUCUUCUUCCUCUUCCAAUCUCAAAUGGUGUUCAACACUACAAUAAUAUCAAUACUUUCCCCCUAAAUAGAGGGUUUUCUUGUCCUCCCAUCAAUAGAAAAGUCAAUAAAAAUGGUAAGUCAAAGAAAUUCAAGUCAUUCACAUCAAGUCCUAAGAAAGAAGAGAACUCAAAAUCAUCAAAAAUUGUUAUGAUUUCAUCUACUAACCCUUUGGGUCCAAACCCAAAGCAUCUUCCCAAAGAUGUUCCCAUGGUUUUCUCUAUGUCAUCUACUGGUAAAAAAGAGCAGUUCGACGCACUAAGUUUCUGUAAUUUGGAAAAUCCAAAAAAGGAUUGUACCAGGGUGGACCUAUUGGAUAAAGUUAACAAGUUUUCAAGUUCUACGGUGUUUACUAUUUCUCCUCCGCCAAGUAGCUUACCUUUGCCCACUUUUUCAUUGAGGCCAAAGCUUAGCUGCAACGCAGAAGCGGCGGCCGGAGUUGAUGCCGGAGCUACUGAUAAUCUCCGGCGACUACUUAGACUUAGAUGAACUGUUAUUUUGUAAAAUUAUGUUGUAGCAAAAAUAGGAAAAAUGAAGAAGUAAAUAAACCACACCUUCUACAUGGUUAUUUUUUUUAAUAUUUGUAGAGGGUGAUGAAUUAAUUAUAAGGUCAUACUAUGCUAAGUCAUUUCUUAGGUUUUUUAAUUGAAUUGUCUUUUGGUUUGCUCAAGUAAGUCAAUGCUUCUUGGUCUCUUUGCCUGUAAUUUUAUGUUUAAGGUAUGGGGUGUGUAAUACACGCUUAUAGAGCAAGUGGCUUUUUUCCAUUUGAUUAUUUUCAGUAA